AUGAACAUCCCCAAAUUCAACGAGCGCGAAAAGGCCCUGGAGGACGACUAUAUUCGGCGCAAGGAAGCAGAGAAGUUCAAGCCUGCUGCGACCCAGCCAGGGAAUUCGGGAAGUCAAACUACCAUCAAGACCACACAAAACGUAUGUCCAGCCUCUCCUCUCGAAGCGUAUCUGACUGGUCCUUGGGGUGUAUAG